UUUAACUGGCUUGCAGGAAAGCUAGAGGGAGAGAGAGAGAGAGAGCAAGCAGAGCUCACCAGGUGUUUGAACUUUGGAGAGAGGAGCUGUCUUCUUCUUCCAUUGAUAUAUCCUUAGCUUGAGACCUCUGAGAAAAUUCUUCAGACAGUUUUGUUGUCAUUUUGAUGUUUCAAAGUAUUUCACUUCCGCAUUCAUUUCGUCGGGAUCUGAUUACAAUUGCGUCUUGUGUUUUUUCGUGAUUUCUCCUAGUUGGCUAGUUGGGUUUCUGCAAAAAUUGUGUUAAAGAGUGAACCUUCUUGAAUAUCUUGUCGAUUCUUGUUUGUGUUUAUUUUUCUUGAUUUGCAAUUUUUCUUAACUGUAUGAAGUGAAUUACUAAAUCCUCUGGAUUUCACACUUGAAUCCCAAAAUCCUGUGGUAUAAUUUACCCUUUUACUCCUUCCCCGUUUUCCUCAUCUAAAGCUCAUCUUCAAGAUAGGUCAUUACUGGGGUUUUCUUCACCUGGUUCAAUUUGAUUAGGUUCCUUUCAGUUCAAUCUCAAAACAGUGUACGACUCUAAGGAAAAAUGAAUUGAAAGAGUUCUUUUCCCUCCUUAAGAUAUGUGAUUUUGAUUUUUGAAAGCAAAGGUUUAUUCUGGUGGAAGGAUUUUUUUUUUUUUCAAGCUUUAAUUCCUUUUGCUUUUUGGAGACUAGGGUUUGAAUUGAGUCCCUUUUUCUGUAGUUUCUUAUUAGAUAAUUAGAUGGGCUAAACCAAAAAAUUAACCCCUUUAAUUGAUUAUUCUUUCUGAACAUCUCUCAUACUAUCAGAUUGAUUCUAUACAGUUGAAGGGAAAAAACUCCUUCGAUGCAUAUCUCACUUUGGAAGCCAUUAUAUUACUGUGCUGCUCUAAUCUUGGACAAAAAGAGCAGAAGAAAAUACGAUUCUGAUCAUUCAACCGAAGAAAUUAAGAGAAACCCUUCAAUUCUGAGGAAAUUGCGAGAGCAUAAGCUGAUGGAGGCUCUUGAAGAAGCAUCUGAAGAUGGAUCGCUUGUUAAAUCUCAAAACAUGGCUUCUGAUUCCAUGGUCAAUCAAGAUGAAGUUUUGGGCCGAUCCCGAUCUCUUGCUCGACUAAAUGCACAGGCAGAGUUCCUUAGAGCCACUGCCAUUGCGGCAGAGCGCACAUUCGUUUCUGGGGACUCCAUUCCCGAGCUUGGUGAAGCGUUCUCGAAGUUCCUCACGAUGUAUCCAAAGUAUCAGUUGUCGGAGAGGAUUGAUCAGCUGAGGGAAGAUGAGUACUCGCAUCUCUCUGGUGCCAAUUCAAAGGUAUGUCUUGACUACUGUGGAUUUGGAUUGUUUUCAUUGCUACAAACUGUUCAUUACUGGGAAUCGUCAACGUUUAGCUUGUCUGAGAUUACUGCAAAUUUGGGAAAUCACGCAAUAUAUGGGGGUGCUGAGAAAGGCACCGUUGAACAUGAUAUAAAGAUGAGAAUAAUGGACUAUUUGAAUAUCCCUGAGAAUGAGUAUGGCCUUGUAUUUACUGUAAGUCGUGGCUCCGCCUUUAAACUGUUAGCUGAAUCUUAUCCAUUUCAAACGAACAAAAGGUUGUUGACCAUGUUUGAUCAUGACAGCCAGUCUGUGAAUUGGAUGGCUCAGAGUGCUAGAGAGAAAGGUGCCAAAGUUAAUAGUGCAUGGUUUAAAUGGCCUUCUCUCAAGCUCUGUUCCACUGAUCUAAGGAAGCAAAUUUUGAACAAACGGAAGAGGAAGAAAGAUUCCUCUGUUGGCCUUUUUGUGUUCCCUGUGCAGUCGAGAGUUUCAGGUACGAAGUACUCGUAUCAAUGGAUGGCCCUGGCUCAACAGAACAACUGGCAUGUUUUGCUUGAUGCUGGGUCAUUGGGCCCAAAGGACAUGGAUUCCCUUGGAUUAUCUUUAUUUCGACCUGAUUUCAUCAUCACUUCGUUCUACAGAGUGUUUGGCUAUGACCCGACAGGAUUUGGAUGUCUUUUAAUCAAGAAAUCUGUGAUGUCAAGCCUUCAGAAUCAGUCUGGACAUGCUGGGUCGGGUAUAGUGAAAAUUACUCCCGUGUUUCCUUUGUACUUGAGUGAUUCAAUGGAUAAUUUUCCGGGAUUUGUUGAGGACAAAGAAGUCUGCAGGAAUGAAGUUAACACGGAAACUCGUCCUGGAACUCAGUUGCCUGCCUUUUCCGGUGUGUACACAUCAGCGCAGGUGAGGGAUGUAUUUGAAAGUGAGAUGGAGCACGAUAACAGUUCUGAUAGGGAUGGGGCGAGCACUAUAUUUGAGGAAACUGAGAGUAUUUCUGUUGGGGAGGUGAUGAAGAGCCCCGUUUUUAGUGAAGAUGAAUCAUCGGACAACUCACUAUGGAUUGAUUUAGGUCAGAGUCCACUCGGUUCUGAUAAAGCUGGUCAUUCUAACAAGCUCAAUGUGGCCUCUCCAUUGCCGCCAGAUUGGUUUGCUGGCAGAAAUCCUCGUAAGCAAAUUUCUCCAAAAGCAUUAAAGCUAUCAAGUAGCCCGAUGUUUGACAAGGAAUUGAAUACAGGACAUCAUGAAGACCACCAUGUAUUAUCAUUUGAUGCAGCUGUUAGAUCAGCAUCUCAAGAAUUGGACCAUUUCAAGGAGAUUCCUGAAGAAGAACAAAUUACUGAAAGGAAUGAGGUUUCGAGAGAAUGUAGAACUCCAGUCUAUCAUAAUUUUUCUGAAAUUGAAGAAGAACCCGAUACCAACAAACCACUUAAUUCUGCUGUGAAGGGAUACGGUCCCAACAAUUUGUCUUCCGCUUCUAAUCAUAGAAGCAUUCAGAACGGCUCAGCUCCUGAGAUAUUCCCCGACACGAAGGAAAGUGCGAUAAGACGAGAGACAGAAGGUGAGUUUAGGUUGCUGGAAAGGAGAGAAAGAAGUAGAAUAUCUGGUUGUAGAUUCUUUGGCAUAGAAGAGACGGAGCAUCUUGGAAGCAGGGAAAGAAGGGUAUCCUUUAGCACAGAAGAUAAUAACAGAGCUCGCUUAAGCCCGACUCUGGAGCCUGGAGAAAUAUCAGUCACGAGCCUCGACGAUGAGGACGACAUUAGUAAUGGGGAAUAUGGUGAUGAACAAGAGUUGGACAGGAAUGAACCUGAGUUGAUCUGUAAGCAUCUUGAUCACAUAAACAUGUUGGGUCUCAACAAGACAACUUCUCGACUUCGUUUCCUGAUUAAUUGGCUCGUAACUUCAUUGCUUCAAUUAAGAUUCCCGGGUUCAAACGGAAAGGACAGUGUACCACUUGUUCAGAUCUAUGGCCCGAAGAUUAAGUACGAAAGAGGUGCAGCUGUUGCAUUCAAUGUGAGGGACAGAAACCAGGGUCUGAUUAGUCCGGAAAUUGUCCUGAAGCUGGCUGAGUCAGAUGGUAUCUCUCUUGGUGUUGGCAUCCUUAGUCACAUACGGAUUCUAGAUAGUUCCAAACAGCAACGAGGAUCUUUGAGUCUUGACAAUACAUCCCUUUGCAAGCCAAUGGAAAAUGGCAGACACGAUGGUAAAAGCGGAUUCAUCAGAGUUGAGGUUGUCACUGCCUCUCUUGGCUUCUUGUCCAAUUUCGAUGAUGUUUAUGAGUUGUGGGCAUUCGUGGCUAAAUUUCUUGACCCAGCCUUUGUCAAAGGGAGAGUCCUUGCUCCUGUUGCAGAAGAGGUGGAAGCAUGAGGCCAAAAACCUGUGCUAAUCUUCCAUAUUUCCUUUCCGCAUUACAAGGGGAAGAUGCAGAGAUAUAUUGCCAGUCAAUGGUUCAAUAUCAGGGGCAGAAGGUUCAAUAUCAGGUGCAGACGGACGAUUCAAGUGCAAGAAUAGAUUCCUUUUGCCCCUCCUGCCUCUUCUCCUCCUCAAGUAGAUGGCUCGUUCGUUCUUGUUUUUAUUUGCUUGGUUUUUUUUAUUUCCUCUUUUACCUUCUGGCGCCUGUGGAGUUGGUUAUAUAAAUUUAUUGUCUCAAAAGUAAUGAAGAAUUUGAGCAGAUAUAAAUGCGUACAAGAGAGUGUUAUUUACCAAAUCUACUUUAAGAAAAUCAUUUUAUUUUGCUUGCGUAAGGUAUACAUUCUCUCUUUUUAGAAUCUUACCCCUGGAGCAGAAGCAUUGUCAAUUAGUUUACUCAUUUUGGAAGAACGAAUAGCAAGGUGGAAGUUUUGAGAUUGUGAAAGGUAUCUCCUAGUUCCAAGGUCUAUACUUUGCGGAAUGUAAGAAAUGAUUAAAUUCGAUCGAACUGCUCUAAACUUUUACUUCUA